AUGCCUCCAUCACCCCGCUGCCCAACUCCUGGUCAAUCACACAGACAACCCGGCUCUCUGCCAGGAGACCAUUUCUCUCCACCGGCUCUCAGCCCACCCGGAAGCUUGCCGUUGGCGCUGCUUGGAUAUUUGAAAGAAUUGACCGGGAAAACAGAAGUUCCUCAACUGAAAUUGGUUCAAUGCGUGGGCCAAUUAGAGGCAUCAAUUAACGCCAGCGACCAAGAUGAGAGCAAGUGGCCGGGGAAGGCUCCUCACCUGGAAUUAGAAGUAGCAUCAUUUGUUGCCCCGUUGAAUCCCUUGAUUGGGGAGACCGAGCAACCAGGGACCCCUGCACCAUUGGCCAACUUGCCGGAUGAUACCAAACGGCCCGGAGCCGCUGCUUCACAAUCCCUCUUGAAGGGAUUAAUUUUCCUCAACAAGGAAUGUGGCCUCGAGGAAUUUGGCCAGGUCCAUUUGAUCAGAACCAGACUGUUCAGCCUUGAAAGCCUCAACCAUACUAACCUCUACAUCCUCAAGAAGGUCUCCAAACGCGUCUCCCAAAGGAUCCAGCAGCCAGCCGGCCAAUUGGAAAGUGCUAGCUCAAAGCCUGCUCCCUUAAUGUCCUGGCCGCGCGCGUCCUCCUUCACCACUUGGAAAGAGAUCCUCACAUAUGGUCAAACACGCUUCUCAGACCACAUUGCGAUCACCCAAUUUCUUCAUCUGUAA